UGGCCUCCGAAGGACAAUAGACUGGCGGUGAUCGGUACCGCUUAGUGAGUUGAAAUAUACAGCAAGGCCGCCCAAGAACUGGAAAGCCCCAAGGCUGCAGAGAAAUGGCGGGGUCCCUUGCAGUGUCAGUGCUGCUGGUGGCGGCCGAGAAGAACCGGUGGCAGCGGGUCUCGAGCCUGCUCUUGCCGUCCAGGCAAUGGGCAUGGAACCAAAGAACGAUGAAGUAUGCAACAACAACAGGAAAACACAUAACCAAGGUCCUUGUUGCAAACAGAGGAGAAAUUGCCUGCAGGGUGAUGCGAACAGCUAAAAAAAUGGGAGUGCGGUCUGUGGCAGUUUAUAGUGAAGCUGACAGAAAUUCCAUGCAUGUAGACAUGGCAGAUGAAGCUUAUUCCAUUGGCCCUGCUCCCUCUCAACAGAGUUACCUUUCUAUGGAGAAAAUUAUUAAUGUGGCCAAGGUUUCUGCAGCACAGGCUAUCCAUCCAGGAUAUGGUUUUCUCUCUGAAAACAUGGAGUUUGCUGAACUAUGUAAGCAAGAAGGAAUUAUUUUUAUUGGUCCUCCUUCAUCUGCAAUUAGAGAUAUGGGUAUAAAGAGCACAUCAAAAUCCAUAAUGGCCGCUGCUGGGGUCCCUGUUGUGGAAGGUUAUCAUGGUGAGGACCAGUCAGACCAGUGCCUGAAAGAGCAUGCUGGGAGAAUUGGCUAUCCCGUCAUGAUUAAAGCUGUCCGUGGAGGAGGAGGGAAAGGCAUGAGGAUUGCCAGAUCUGAAAAGGAAUUUCAAGAACAGUUAGAAUCAGCACGGAGAGAGGCUAAGAAGUCUUUCAAUGAUGAUGCUAUGCUGAUUGAGAAGUUUGUGGACACACCAAGGCAUGUAGAAGUGCAGGUGUUUGGUGACCACUAUGGCAAUGCUGUGUAUCUGUUUGAACGAGAUUGUAGUGUACAGAGGAGACAUCAAAAGAUCAUUGAGGAGGCCCCAGGGCCUGGUAUUGAACCCGAAGUAAGAAAAAAGCUUGGCGAAGCUGCAGUCAGAGCUGCUAAAGCUGUAAAUUAUGUUGGAGCAGGAACUGUGGAAUUUAUCAUGGACUCAAAGCACAACUUCUACUUUAUGGAGAUGAAUACAAGACUGCAAGUGGAGCAUCCUGUUACUGAGAUGAUCACAGGAACUGACCUAGUGGAGUGGCAGCUUCGGGUUGCAGCUGGAGAGAAGAUUCCUUUGAGCCAGGAAGAAAUAACUCUUCAAGGUCAUGCCUUUGAAGCUCGAAUAUAUGCAGAGGAUCCUACCAAUAACUUCAUGCCAGGGGCUGGGCCACUAGUGCAUCUCUCCACCCCUCAAGCUGACCUUUCCACUAGGAUUGAAACUGGAGUUCGGCAAGGAGAUGAAGUUUCAGUUCAUUAUGACCCCAUGAUUGCGAAGCUGGUUGUCUGGGCUGCAGAUCGCCAGGCAGCCUUGACGAAACUGAGGUACAGCCUUCACCAGUACAAUAUUGUUGGACUGCACACCAACAUUGACUUCUUGCUCAGGCUGGCUGGCCACCCUGAGUUUGAGGCUGGAAAUGUGCACACCGAUUUCAUCCCUCAGCACCGUGAAGAACUCUUGCCAAGUCAGAAGUCUGUAGCCAAAGAACUUUUGUGCCAGGCAGCUCUGGGCCUCAUCCUCAAAGAGAAAGCUAUGUCUGAAGCUUUCCGAAUUCAGACACAAGAUCAGUACUCUCCAUUUGCAUUCAGCAGUGGAAGAAGAUUAAAUACCUCUUAUACCAGAAACAUGAUUCUUAAGGACGGUACAAAUAAUGUAGCCAUAGCUGUAACAUAUAACCAUGAUGGGUCAUAUAGCAUGCAGAUUGAAGAUAAAAUUUUCCAGGUUUUUGGUGACCUUUAUAAUGAGGAGGGUUGUACUUACCUGAAAUGUUCUGUUAAUGGAGCUGCUAGUAAAACAAAGCUAAUUAUACUGGAGAAUACUAUUUACCUAUUUUCCAUGGAAGGAAGUAUUCAGAUUGGCAUUCCAGUUCCCAAAUACUUAACUUCUGUGAGCUCAGAAGGAACCAAGGGAGGCACCAUUGCCCCUAUGACUGGAACCAUUGAAAAGGUGUUUGUGAAAGCCGGAGACAAAGUCAAAGCUGGAGAUUCUCUAAUGGUCAUGAUCGCCAUGAAAAUGGAGCAUGCAAUAAAGGCACCAAAGGACGGCACAAUCAAGAAAGUGUUCUACAAAGAAGGUUCUCAGGUCAAUAGGCAUGCACCGUUAGUGGAGUUUGAAGAGAAGGAUUUUGACUAAAAGGAAACAAAAUAAAUGGCCUGCCGGUGCAUCCUUGUGGCAUCUUCUCCAUAAUAAACCAAAAAUGUGCCUUCCUCCUUUCCCAGGGCUGAGUAACAGCUGCUUCACAAAAUGAAUCUGAUUGUGCCCAAAUCACUUCACAUUUGCAAAUCAUGCACUUGAUCACAAAUACAGUAAAGUGUCUCAAAGUAUUUAUGCUAAUAAAACGAAUCAUACUUUUUUAUUGAAA